AUGCAUUGCUCCAAGUUAUUCGCAGACAAGAAAAUUUCAUUAGUCUGCUGCUCGGUCACACCGUUUUUAGCAAGCAGCUUCAAACCUUCAUCCCCACCUUAUUUUGAGAAAGUAUUUUGUGUUAUUGCCGGUAUAUGCACUAUUUUUAGAGUAUUAUGUGAUGACCUAAACCUCGAGCAGCCACACGUUUGUAAGCACAUAAUAGAGGCUUUCACAUCGGAAGUGGUAUUUGUUCUUGAAAGGACUGUACUGACACCCAGCGAAUUCUGUGGAGCAUUCGUCAGCGAUUGUGGAGCUUUUGAACCACGGAAUGAAAUGUGGAAUCUUACCAUUCCAGACGGUAAACCACCGGUUCAAAAAUGGCCAAAGAUUCCAGACAACAAACCAACUUACAAGGUGCUCCAUUUAUCGGAUAUUCAUAUCGACAGGCAGUACGCCGUCGGUUCUGAAGCGUACUGUCAGCUCGACGAUGCGCUGGGAACGCCUAAAGCCAUUGAAGUACUUCUAGAGCCAAUCUACAUUCCUUCUGGACCUUGGGGAAUGCCCUAUGCGUGUGAUCUUCCUUAUCAAACCUUUGAAGCAGCAAUGAAGCACAUUAGCACUGCUCAUACCGAUCUUGAUUACAUCCUCAUCACUGGAGACUUUGAAGCUCACGAUGCCUGGGACUACACACAAGAUUUGACUCGCAUCAACAUCGAAAACAUCACUGCUGUUCUUCUAAGAUAUUUUCCAAAAACUCCUGUCUACGUCUCAAUAGGAAAUCAUGAAGGUGUGCCCCAAGAUGCAAUACGAUCAACGUGGUCCACAAUGGCUUUACAGUAUUAUGAAAAAAAUGUGGGCAAACUGGUUGCCUCAGUCAGCCUUGGAGGACGUUCAAUAGUAAGUUUCUUUCGCAACAAACACAAGUACAAUACUUGGGAAAUCAAACGUAUUUUGUUAAGCCGUGCAAGCUAUGCAGUAUACCCAAAGCCUGGGCUGAAGUUAAUUUCGAUCAAUACUAUUUACUGCUCAGAGGUGAACUUGUAA